AUGUCCUCAGGCAGCCCCUACUGUUGCAUCUUCCUGCUGCUUGUGGCCUUUACUUUUGAGGAGGAGACCUGGGCAGAAGCCAGAAUCCCUUUGACCAGAGAGCCCAAGCUCUUAGUGCCUGGGUGGGAGAAGCUUCUGGGCACACCAGAAAGGAACAAAGGCUGGGGAGGUGGGCCCAUCCUGAGUCUGGAGGGGGUCUCCCACACCAGCAGGGGGACAAGGGUGCCUGACGGCCUUGGGACGAGCCAGGAGACAGCGCGGGACCCCCAGGAUGAGAGCCAGCAACCCUUGUGCCCGCCUGGGGACCGCAGCCAGAGCUGGAUGGUGAAAGUGAGCCUCCUGGGUGUCCUGGGGCUUCUGGUCAUGGGGGGCAACGGGCUGGCCAUCGCGGUGCUGGCCUCCUCCGUGUCCGGCUGGAGCCACAGCAGCCGCCUCACGCUGCUCUCGCUGGCUGUGUCAGACGCGGCGCUGGCCGUGCUGGUGGUACCCCUCAACCUCUACCGCAGCCUGCAGCUGGGGCCGGCAGCCCCCGAGGAGGCUGCUGGGGAAGAGGCUGCCUACUGCCGGGUGGUGGCCUUUGUCAACUCCAGCAUCUUCGGUGCCCCCCUCUACUCUCUGGCGGGGGUCUCCCUGGAGCGCUACGUGGCCGUCUUCUUCCCUCUCCACUACGGCCGCCUCCUGAGCGGCAGGCGGGUGGCUCUGCUCAUCGCGGCCGCCUGGCUCCUGCCAGCGAUCCUGUUGCUGCCGCUGGCCGUCCCCGCCCCUGCGGCGGUGGUCCAGGUCCGCUUCUCCGCAGCCGCCCUGCUGUGUGAGCCAGACUAUGGCUCCAACACCCUCUACUCCCUCUGGAUCGCUGGCACCAUCUUCUGUCCAGCUGCGGGAACCAUCACCGUUACGAACGUGCGCCUCUGGCUAGUGGCCCGCUCCCAGCGCCGGCGUGGAAAGGACCUGAGCUUGCUGGGGAAGGCGGGGGGCCCCAAGAGGCUUCGGCUGCUCCAGCUGGAUGCUGCUGCCCGGGUCCUGCUCCCAGUUGUUUUUGCCUUUUUGGCCUGCUGGGCCCCCUGCAUCGGCACCAUCGUGUACAACUCAAUCACUCAAGAAAGAGUCCACGAAUGGGUAGAAUUCGUUGCUUUGUGGCUCCCCAUUGGCAGUGGCUUCCUCAACUGCUUUGUCUACUUUUGGGUCAACAGGAACUUCCGGCACAAAUUCCAGAAGAUUGGACAAAAACUCUGCUUGCCCUGCUGCCCAACAGAGCCGGAACUGUGGCCACAGCACCUCCAUACUGUCUCUGCUGAUGUGAAGAAGGGUUGCAGGCAUCCCGGCCUUUCCCCACAUUGCUCCUUCAGCAUGUCCCCUUCCAGCAACGGCCUUCCUCUUUUUCGAGACGGCUAA